GUGAAUAACCCCUUAUCUUUUCGCGACCUUGCUGCUAAUCAACAUGAGCGGCUGGCCGGCUCCAUGGUUCGAGGACGCGUCCUUCGCGGAUACGCUGGCAAAAUGUGCCUCGCCUUGCCUAGAUAUUGGUAUCUAUGCCAUGGCUCACCCCGAGGAAAAAGUCUCUGCAGCAUAUGUAGCGGCCUUUGCUGUCUGGGCUACCAGUGCUAUCAAGGCUGCAUUUGCCCUUGGAGCUGAGGCUGAGUUCGAGCAGAACCGUUCGCAGGAAGCCUCAGAACCAACUCAUCCAACUGGAGAUGCCUCAGGCGAAAGCACGCUUAGGCAAGAGGAAGAAGAAAAGGAGGAGGAGGAGGCAGAGGAAAAUAAGGAGGUAGACGUCUCACUCAUUGAACCCGAGAUGCAGGAAGGUAUGGCAGCCACCCGACCGGUAGAUGUGGAAGAAUUCGCAGCCGCUUCGUCUGUCACUUCAGGAUAUCAAGGCACGGGGAGAUGCGACGACCAGGUGUUUUCCUACCCAGGUCGGGAUUCCACUUCGAAUAUUGAUCCACACACGCAAGACUUGAGAGUAUACUCGCCGGAGGAUCUAAAGCUACGGAUCUUGUCAAAUGUCCCACUGUACACGCAUCUCCGUGACCACGACAUUCCAGAAACAGUGGAAGCUGCUUUACGCUGCACACCUCAACCGGAGGUCACGUCGGUCCGCAUCCGGCAGGCGAGACGUAUUGGCUCUAAGAAAAUGGAUCUAUACUUCCACUCUAUCUCUGACAGAGAAUGCCUUCUACGUUACGCUGAGAAGUGGCUGCCGUAUGCUGAGGUACAACAAACCCAUCGUGAAGCUAAGUUUAACCUACAAGAACUACCACCGUUUGUGGAGUCGAGGAGAAAUCGAGCAGGGGAGACUGCACGCCGGAACGGCCACUAUGCUGGGCUGUCGACAAGAUCGUCUAUGAGCAAGUCGGAUCGAUAUCACCCCUACGAAUAACAGCACUGUCUCUAACGGUCUUCUGGCAACACAUGGCAGCACAUGAUAAGUUUAUGCGACAGCGGUUCGAUAUUGAGCCUUCGACAGAAUUUCAAUGGCAUGCCAAACCAUUCAUCAAGCCAUCGAGAGGUUGCCCUGAAUUCUGAAUCCGACUCCUCCCAUAUGGUUGCCAGUGGACACACCGGGGCUCAUCUAGAAUUAAAUACCAUGAAUUGUACUAAACCUUGUCCUCUGCUUGUCCAAGGUCAAGUCUGGGAACAGGCUUUUCGAUUUGGGGCUUUGCCGUCGUUCCGCGAGCAGACUGUGGGGGACUUCGGGUUUUGAUGUUUGGCCAGAGACAUUGUUACAAAGUAGUUUAAGGUCAUUACUGGAUAGCCAUAUUAGGAUCUAUGACGACACCC